CGCUUUGCGCUGCUGUUCCAUGCGCCUCGCUAGAAGAGAAGAGCUUUUCAGUCCAAUUGAACAGUUCCAAAGCACUCAGCAUUUACGUACUUGUACGUGUAUAUGUGCAAGCUGUUCAAAUUGUGUGCGCGCGUGUGUGAGUGUGCCAAUGUAUUGGUGUGCUUGGGUGCUCGUGUCUAACGCGUAACGAAAGCGAAAGUUUUGUUUGCGCGCGUGUUGCCAACAGACGCGUCGUUGGCGUCGGCUAUCUCCAAUAAUUGCAUACACGUCGUAGUCGCAGUCGCAGCGAGCGUCGCAGCCUGCGUCGCAUUUGUCAUUAUUGUUGGCGGUGAGACUACCUAGAAGGGCAUAGAUUAGAAGCGUGUGAAAACAACAAGAAUGCUCAUUAGUUUCAAUGAGCGUGCAAUAAAUUAAAUAAAACGUGUUUAUGCUGUGCGUGUGCACAUCCGUGAGCUAGUGCGUGCCUGUGCGUGUGUAUUAGUGUGCGGUCGCCAAACAGCUGUUAAGCGAGAGCAACGGCAAACGCAUACAUUCCUGCAUCACUUACUGCUAAACGCUUCUGAAACAAGCCAACGGUGCGAAUGGCGCCUACCGUCUGCUCGGAGAAGAAGGUGCGCUUGGCGGCCAUCAAGGAGGUUCGACGGCGGAACAACAUGAGCGCGGCGCAGGCAAAUGCUUCGACGUCGGCAGCUGGUGCUGGAGCUGGAGCUGAGAUGACACCGAGCAGAGCWGAGCUGAGCUACGCCAUCAAGAGUUCGACGAACUCAAUAAAUCGCGCACAACGCCGACGUGGGAUCGCAUUGCUGCCAACGGGCGCCAAAAGUGUGGCAUCGUCUUCGAGUGCUGCUGGACUUGAACUGGAAAGUGAGAGGACAUCAAAGCAGGCCGAGCAUGUGGAGCGCAUGGAGGUGGAUGGCGUUUAUAAUAAGACGAGCACGUACUCAGCGCACACACAUUCCAGCAGCAACUACAACAACAAUAUCAAAACAGUAUUACAACCAACAAUGGCCAACAGCAACAGCAACAACAGCAACAGCAGCAACAGCAGCAACUGCAGUGGAAGCAGCAAGACAACAACAGCCAAACAUUGUGAUCAUGCUUCAGGCAUAGGUGAGGAUAAGGAGGACGAUGACGAGGACGGGGACGGGGACGAUGAGGAGGAGGAUCAGGGCGAUGGCGACAGCGGCUACGAGUUUGCCCUGGACCCCAUCAAGCCGCCGAAUCCACUGCAACAGUAUCACGCACACAACCAGGGCCUGCUGUCCAUAGCCAUCAAGACGAUAAAGCUGGUGCAGCGCAACAAGCUGCUGCAGAAGCGCUUGGCUCAGCUGCAGCUGGAGACGUCCGAGUUCAUUGCCUCGGUGCUGGCCAAUCCCGAGAAUCGGCACUUUCGCGAGAAAAUCACGGCCAAAACAGACGCGGCCAAUAAAGUGAGCAACGUUCUGCUGCGUCACUAAGCGACAAAUAAUACAAAU